AUGCACGCGCGCACCAAAACGAACGCUCGUGGAGUGGAACUCGUCAAGCUCCACGAAUCCGCCAUCGCCAUGUCUAUGUCCGGGAACACCGCUUCACACCGCGACUGCGACGGCCACCAAAAAGAUGUCAAGUCACGGCCGUCACUACCUAUGCGAACACCUCCUUCUCAUCAUCACAACAAUGCCCGGGCAUCAGAGCGAUUCCGGAAUCUCGUCAUCAACAUCAUGUGGGAAAAGGCAACACUUUUCGAAACCAUUUCAUCCACCACCACUAUCGCCCCACCGCUAUCCUCGUCACCCGCACUCCAGCUGCUCGACAAUGCUGUUGAUCAAGUCGUGCUCGCGUAUCGCGUGUUCGAGAAAGAGAGCGGCGGAGGAGGGGGAGAGGAAGAGAGAGAAGAAGAUAAGGAGAAGGAGAAGACAUGGUGGGAGGAGAAAGUUCGAGAGGAAUUCCAGAGAGCCGCGGAUUGUAGUCGGGAGUUUUUGGCACUUGGGGGUCCCAGAGAGGAGUCUACCGAGCCUGGUGGUAGAGAUGUUGUUGCGGAGACUUUAGAAGGGAAUACAGCAAGGUUGCUGAGAAGGGACAUGAUGAAGAUGCGGAGCUGUGGUGUAUGGUUUGAGCAGUGUCAGUUACGAAUUGCAUACUUCAACAUGUAUGGCCUGACGGUGGUGUCUCGCCAGCUUGAAUUGAUUGUGAGGGCUCACCCAAGCGGGCAACCUGACGCAUACGGUACCCAGACCUCCUGA